AUGGCGACGGACGGCGCCUUCCAAGUGGCGAUCAUCGCACUCACCGUCGCCGUCUUCGUCGCAAUCCAGUACCUCUCCAAGCUAUUCCUCUCAAGGCAGCGAGCCAACAACCGCACCGCCCUCCAAUCCAACCGCCACUUCAUCCAAGGCUCCCAAUUCCUCGCCCGAUCCAGAUCCGCCGCCGCCAAGAACUCCACCCAGUCCCAAUCCCUAGCCAAACAGGCCCUGGCCGAGGCCGAAUCCGCCGCCGCCCUCUCCCCCAAGGACCCGGCCCCGCUCGUCCUCAAAUCCGUCGCCCUCGAUCUCCUCGGCCACAAGGCCGCCGCAUUGAAGGCAAUCGAUUCCGCGCUCUCGCCGCCGCGCGGGAAGGCGCUGCAGGGGAAGGAGCGAGGCGAUGCGCUGGUGAAGAGAGCGGAGCUCAAGGUCGCCGUGAAUCGGCGGCGGCGGGGAAGCGGAGAAGCGCCUUUCUGGGUUCGAAUUUUCUGGGUUCGAAUUUCUGGGGAGGAAGGAAGGGAGGAGAAGCGGAGAAGCGGAGAAGGGAUCGAGAGAAUUUCUGGGUUCGAAUUUCUGGGGAGGAAGGAAGGGAGGAGAAGCGGAGAAGGGAUUGAGAGGUUUUUCUAUUUGUUUAUUUUUAAAAUUUUUUUAUUAAAUGAAAAUUGA